UUACUUAAAGCAACUGAAGCCCAUGACGAUGAUGGUCUUCCUCAUACCCUGGAACACCUGGUGUUUAUGGGUAGUGAAGAUUAUCCUUACAAGGGAUUAUUGGACUUGUUGGCCAAUCGGUGCCUGGCUCARGGUACUAAUGCYUGGACRGCCACAGAUCAUACCUGCUACACCAUAGAGACAGCUGGUAGUGAAGGCUUUAUUAACCUGCUUCCUAUCUAUCUUGACCAUGUCCUCUAUGCUACACUUACUGAAUCUGGUUAUGUAACAGAGGUCCACCAUGUCAAUGGAGAGGGAGAGGAUGCAGGCGUAGUUUACUGUGAGAUGCAAGCCAGAGAAAACAGCGGUAGAAGUAGAACACACCUUGCUCUUUUAAGAAAUCUUUAUCCUGGGCAUUGUGGCUUAAAGUCAGAAACUGGAGGUAUU